UUUAGUAUUUAUUUGGCCGAAACAAAUAAUUUCGAGUUCCUUUGUUUUUUUGGCCAAAAACAAAUUUAUUUGAGUUUGAAUCCCCUCUCUUGUUAAUCAAAUUAGCGUUUCUUGAGGCCAAAUCGACCAGACAUGGGAGGAGGCAAUGCCCAAAAAUCCAAGAUGGCUCGUGAAAAGAAUAUCGAGAAGGCUAAAAACGCAGCUAAAGGCAGCCAGCUGGAAACAAACAAGAAAGCUAUGACGAUUCAGUGCAAGGUAUGUAUGCAAACUUUUAUAUGCACAACAUCAGAGGUAAAAUGCAGGGAACACGCAGAAGCAAAGCAUCCGAAAUCCGAUGUGUACGCUUGCUUCCCUCAUCUCAAGAAGUGAUGUAUUUGAAGCAAGAAAAUGCCAUAUAUAUUAUAGAAUUGUUUGGAAUAUCUUUUCCCUUGUCAUGUAAAACCUCAGCUAUGAUUUUUAAACCCAGGUUGAUGUGUGUGGAACAAUUGCAGAUUUGAUUCAGUCCUGCUUCUCUGUUAAAUAAACAUUUUUACAAACAUAUAAAAUUGUUUGGAAUAUCAUUUCCUUACUUGGGUUUCUUGCUUUAUGGAAAAUGCUAUCCCCUUGUAGGUAAAAGUACCGUAGAGAACCUUAUACUAGGAGUCAAAUUGUAUUUUACCUUUUCUAUUAAGAGAAAAAUAAAUUAGUUGUUGUAUCUUAAAAGAAA